UCUGCAUGGCCGCCAUGUUCUUUUACUACUGGAAAGCAGAAGCAUGAGAGAAGCUUGUAAACAGAUUGCAUUAAUGAUUUUAAAGGAACUUUGAAUCAAUAUCAUGAACAGGAAGGCGAGCUAGUAUAGAGACAUUUAGCACCAGUCAUGUCCAGCUACGCCCUUCCGCGGCUCAUCUCUGCGGCCAGGGAGAACACGUCAUCCAGUAUAGGCUACAAGAGUGGAGCAUCGUACAGUGGAGAUGUAGAAAAUAAUAAGAAGGUCGGGCGAGGUCUGUUUGUGUGGCCAAGUGGGGCACGCUACGAGGGGGAUUUCUCUGAUGGUCUGAGGACUGGGUCAGGUGUUCAGCAGUGGCCUGAUGGUAGCUGUUACAGUGGAGAUUUCCAAAAAGAUCUCAGACAUGGAGAGGGGGACCAUACAUGGAGCAACGGAGAGCACUACAAGGGUCAGUUUUUCUUUGACCAUCGCCAUGGGAAGGGGACGUACACCUGGCCUGAUGGGUCAUCUUACACAGGCACCUUCUAUCUCGACCAGAAGGAAGGCUAUGGGAAGUUCUCUUUCGCCAAUGGAGAGAUGUUUGAGGGUCUGUACCACAGAGACGAGCGGUCUGGUCCUGGCGUGCUGACCUACCCAGAUGGACGCCAGGAUGUCGGGCUGUGGUCGGGAGAACAGAUAUGUAAACUCUGCUCCGAUCUCCCGGGGGCCUUCACCAUGACUGACCAUCAGGAGUUUGACUACGACCCUAUGGAGCACGAGCUGGACAUUGUGGUGGACAGGAGAGAGUACUCCACUGACCGAUCUGUGGUCACUCCAGUCCUCUGUCCACCUCAGCAGUUUGAUUACAAUGGGCCCAAUACAAAGGUUCCAGAGAAAACCCAGCGCCUGUACAGUGCCGCCAUUGACCACCGCAGCCUUGGAGCAGAGAGAGAUAUCUAUGAGAAAGCAUUUUUCGGAAAUGAAAACAAGGACACUGAUAAGGACACAAAAGAGACAAUAAAAGCUUGGAACAACACACCCACCUGGAUCAGCAUGCAAAAACACGUGCACAGGCAUCGGCGCACGCAGAGCACAGUGUCGUUUGAUGUGGAGAAAGUACUCAAGGGAGAAAGGACGGGUUUUGGGGCAAAGGGCCCCCUGGAGGAGUUGUCGGAGAGAUUGAUAUUGUCAGCUGUGGACGGUGACAUUGAUACUGUUAUGAAGCUACUGGUGACGGGGAAAGUCUUUGUGGACGUUGCUGAUAAAAAUGGACAGACGGCUCUCAUAGGUGCAGCUGUCAACUGGCACCAAGACAUCAUAAACCACCUGCUCAACAACGGAGCCGAUGUAAAUAGACUGAACGAUGAAGGCACCUCAGCGCUCGCAGCUUGCCACGUUUUCUUUUACCCCAUCGAGUCAUUCAAAUACAACAUAGCAGAGAGGUAUAUGGAGAAACCCCCAGAAGUCGAGGGUACGGACUUGGAACUGAAAGGAAUUUUAACCAAUAAAAAUGCAGAAAAAGCACCAGCAGGAGUGGCGGCACCUGGUGGAAGGGAAUUGAGCACCGACAGUGGCUUGCCACAGAGCGAGUUGCGUAAGGGAGACUUGGAUGUAAAAGUUUCCAUCAUGGAAGAUGGAACAUCCAGUGUGGGGGGUAGAUCUGUUUCCUUGAAGGGAUCGCAAAAAGAUAAUUUACAGCCUCAAGAUUCAGUCUCGCAGUCGGGAGCAUCGGGGGUCACUGAUUGGCUGGAAGAGGAAGAAAAACUGAAAAUCGCCAAAGAGAAAGGACAAAAUUCAUACAACGGAGAGGAAGAAGUUCGUUCAGGUGAUUCUGAAAAAGAGAGCAAAGAACAGGACUUGGAAUCUCUCCUGGAAGACGCAGAGAAGCUGCAAACCAGUCAAGAAAAAGAACAACCUGAUAGCGACUUUGCCUCUGACACCACCAUGAGAAAUUAUGGUAUAGAGGUCAGUGAUCAGCUUAUAGAAAAGUGCGCUUCUCAGUUGAGCAUCAAUGAGAAAAUUGUAAGCAGGAAGUCAUCCCCUAGAAGUGAACAAUCCACAGACUUGGCCAGACUGUUGGCUAUUAAAAAGGCGGAACACGUCAAAAUGGAGUCCACAAUUCGACUGCUGCUAAAACGUGGCGCCAAUCCCAAUGCAUCAUGUGUGCCUAUGCCUGUGUUGUUUUUUGCUAUAAAAGCAGCAGACGUGGAGGCAGUUAAGUUGUUGUUACUGAAGGGGGCCAGCACCAGUGCCAAGCUCUCAGAACAGAAAGGAGGGCUGGCUCCACUCCACAUAGCCUGUGCUAUCCCUGGAGAGGAGGGGGUGCAGAUCUCCCAGCUCCUGCUGGACGCGCUGGCGGACCCUGAUGUUAGGGCCACCGAGGACGACUCCUUCCUGAAUAAAGCUUUGGAGGAGGAGUGGAUAAAGGAUGUGAUCAGUGAUGAAAGUAAAGAGCUGCUGGGGGGUAGAACUCCACUUCAUAUAGCAUGUGCCAGGGAUGACAGUUAUAAGUUUGCAUGUCAAGUUGUUCACUUGUUGUUGGAUCACCACGCCAAUCCCAAUCUCUUGUGUAACGGACACUCUCCUCUCUCCCUGGCUAUCGCCAGUGGAAAUGACCUGGCAAUAGAUGAGCUCCUAUGUUAUGGAGCCAACCCAUCACUUUCCCUGACUCACGGCAUUGGCAGUGCUUUGUGUGUGUCCACUUCUACUGAGUUUGAACACAGAAGAUCACCAACAGGGCGUAUACAGUUGAUUGACAAGUUAAUCCGUGCUGGUGCAGACAUCCUGGCUCCCAUACCUAUAGGAAUUAAGAGGAUCUCUGGGACUGCUGUAGACUUUGCAUAUCACAUGUUUAAUCUGGAUCGUAGGAUAGCCCACAUGCCUUAUCAUGCAUUAACUCAUGCUGAGCGUGACACCUACAAUGCACGGCGUAAGCUGCUGGGGCAUGUGGGUGACAUCAUGCGAGUGAAGGCUGUAGAGAAAGAGGCACAGCGUCUAGAGGAGGAGGAGAGAGAGGGAAGGAGAAGUGUAAGUCCAAGUUCAGGUUUUGUCUACACGGGGACAGGGUCUAAACUACCCCCGGGCACCAAGGCCAAGGGAGGCCGCGCUGUCCCAGAUGACGGCCACGUCAAGUUCAAUGCCGCAGAUACCGCAGGGCGGAAGGGUGACAGGGACCAGGGACACGUCAGUGUAGCUACAGGGGUGAUGGCUCUCGAGGAGAGCGAAGCACGGCAUCUUCUGUCGCCAGCCAAACGCAAAGCACAGCAGACAAAAGUCAGUUUCUCAAUAUUUAGGAAACCUUUACUGAAAUACUGCUACGAAUGCGGUCGAUCAGUAGGUGUGCGCCUGUCCGUGUGCACGCGGUGUAAGGAGGUGUACUACUGCAGCAAAGCGUGCAAGCUGAAGGCGUGGAAUGCGCGACACAAAGAGGAGUGUGUGCGUGUUGGAGGUCCAGCCACCAGUCCCACCACCAAGGCAGGUCGUAUUGACAGCCCCACGCCUGCCACAAACCCAGACAGAGGGGCGCCGGUUACCGUAGACCAACUAACCAGGGAUAAAGAUGCACAGAAGAUUAAAGUCCCUGUGCAAGGUCGCAGCCACAGUGCCAAGGUAAGGCAGCAGGUCCAUGCAGGAAAGGAUGGGGAAUCCACGGGGAACUGGUCCCUGGAUGAACUUCAACGCCUCAAACAGAAGUAUGGGAAAGUGGAUAACUAUAGCUUUGAGUGAUGUGGUGCUAGUGCUCAACAACCUUGAGUGACCUUGACCUUUGACCUUGGUCAUAACCCUGGACUUGGCUUUCACUUUAACCCUUGAACUGAACAGGAGCCUUAUUCCAGACCUUGACCUUGCUUUUAAUUUUGAACUUGACAUUGGCCUUGACCUUAACUGACCUUGACCUGGAAAUCAGCAAUAACCUUGCAUGCUUGGAGGUUGACCAAUGCUUUUUUUUUUUUUUUGAAUUUGUACUUGAUAUUUUAUUCUUAUUUUACACUGCAAUUACAUGUAUUUUGCUUCAUUCUUAAUUUGGUCUAAACUGAAUUUUUUGCAAUGCAAGUAACCCAAGUACACAGCUUAUGAAAUGUAUAUGUAUCUCAGUAAACAGAGUGAAAUUGGGGGUAGAACUGGGAACACACGUGCACUGCUUCUCUGCACUGUAACAAUCUACUGCAUUUGUUAACUUGGUGCAAAAACUUGGUAUUUGGUGACACACAAAAAAAUCUAGUUUACA